GAUGCUAUGCAAUAUGCUGCAGAUUCUGGAGAGCGUGAGGCCGCAGAAGAUCUUCUUCGUUGGUUCCUUUCCCAAGGCCUCCCUGAUUGCUUUGCUGCUUGCCUCUACCAAUGCUACGACCUCCUUCGGCCUGAUGUUGUCCUCGAGUUAGCCUGGCGUCAUGGCCUUACUGAUAUGGCGAUGCCUUUCCUUAUCCAAUCAAUGCGAGAACUCACGACUAAGGUCGACUACCUGGAUAGGUCUGAAAAGGAUAGGACUGAACAAGAGGAAAAGCAGGAGAAUGCAGUUAAUCCUUUAGUAAUGCGUGAGUUAAAUCUGUUUUCCAUUGGAGGUGAGCCACAACUUAUGCUUCCUGCACCAACCGCUGUUAUUCCUCCUCAACUUUUGGGCGGCCCCUCUGCAGCUGCCCUCUACAGUAUUGGCAUGGCACCAAACUUUUAUCCUGCCAAUGGACCCUCAUAUUAG